AUGGCGACAGAGGUUGCUGCUCCCACGGAGCGUCCUUCGUCUACGUCUCGAUACCGCAUGCUUCGCGGCAAGAGCGUCUCCGCGCCGCGUGCCCUCGACAUCUUCCACGACGGCAGGGACAAGGCGGACGGGUCGCCGCUUAGCAGGCCGCAAACAAGCAGCGGACAUACCUCGAAAGCCGGAACUUUCGGCGGCGCCGAGGAGAAGAGCGCCGCUCCGCCGCUACCAGACGACGUGCCUCCGCUGCCAUCUUCUUACGCACUGGCGCCGAAGCCGGUCAACAUUCCUCUCCCGCCGUCGCCGUUGCCGCUCAAAAUCGUGAAGCAGCAGAAGCCUGCCCAGGUCCGGGCAGUAGAGGACGACGCUGCGAAGCGCAGCACCGAGACCCCGUUGGGCGAGGAGGAGCCGCCGAUGACGCCGCUGCAGCAGGUCAAGAGCAAGCUGUCAAAAGGCCUCAUCUUCGGCGCCGGAGGCAAGAAGGAGCAGCAGGAAACGACCGAGCCGCUGCCGGGUGUCGAGACCAUGCAGACGGAGGUGCAGCGCAAGAUUGCCGAGCAGAAGAGGCAGGACCUCGCACGGCUGCAGGCGACGCUGCUGACGACGACGCCGACGCUGAAGCCCAAGACGUCGCUGUUCAGCCUCUUCUCGCGGGGUAGGAAGUCGUCGACGCCGACACCCUCGGCAUCGUCACCGAUCACCGCGGCGCCGGACACGCCCAGCUCCCUCGCCACGACCGUCUUUUCGAGCCGCGGCAACAGCCUGGAGACGACGGAGAGCGCCAAGUUUUCAGACCAACUGUGUCAGGGGAUGCCGUAUACGCCGGAACGGGCCACGCCGCCCGUGAUUCGCACGUCGUCGCAGACAUUUGAGAGAUUGGAACAUGUGAACGCUGACGUCGAGUUCCAGCGCGUCGCGGUCCGGUGCCAGUCUUCCACCAUCAACCUUGCCGUCUCGAACGAGACAACGGCCGUGGACAUCCUGGACAUGGCGUCGGCCAUGACGCGGCACCGCAUCGACCCGGCCAGCAGCGUCGUCGUCGAGUCGUACCUCGUGCUGGGCCUGGAGCGCCGCCUGCGCCGGUACGAGCGCGUCCGCGACGUCAUGAACACCUGGGACUCGGACCACGAGAACUCGCUGCUCGUGCUGAGCUGCCCCACUGCGUCAUCCUCGGCGGCUCUUGCGGCGGGCUCGUCUGGUGACAGCGACCUCGACAUCGACCCCGUGGCCGACUCCGCCGAGCCCCCCGCCGGCUUCCACAACCUGGAGCUGCACCUGUCCUCGCGGCCCGGCAAGUGGAGCAAGCGCUGGAUCACCCUCAAGGACAACGGCCAGAUGUACUCGGCCAAGACCGAGGACGCCCAGCCCGGGGAAGACGACGACGACGCGGACUGCAUGCCGCUCUGCCACCUCUCUGACUUUGACAUCUACUCCCCCAAGGAGAUCGAGGUCCGGCAAAGCGUGCGCCCGCCCAAGAGGCUCUGCUACGCGCUCAAGAGCCAGCAGCGCAGCGCGCAGGUCGCGGACGAGGCUGACUUUGUCCACUUCAUCGCCACGGACAGCGAGGAGAUGGCAGCGCGCUUCUACGAGGCGGUGCACCACUGGCGCAGCUGGCUGCUGGCGACGCGCAAGCUCGCCCUCGACCGUAAGAUGAGCGCCCCAGCACCACGCAUUUCGUUUCAGAAUCCUCCUCCUACUGCUGCGCCUCCUGCUGCUGUGACUCCUGCUGCUGCCCCUCCUACUGCUGCUGCGGCGACGAAGGCAGAAAGCUCGGAGGCUGCGGCCGACAAGCCCAGGUUCCUCAACAGGGACCCGUCGAGCGGCGCCGUCUUCAAGAUUGGCAGCUUCGAGCCGCUUCUGGACAUGGACAAUAUCGAGCAGCUGGCCGCGGAGGCGCGGAAGCGGAUGCCGGUCGAGCUACCAAAGCCCGCCGUCGUGGAGGAACAAAAGGACGCGAUCCCGCCCACGCCUGAUCGCCCGCCCCCGGCCACGCCCGGGUCCAAGGCUAAGAAUCAGGCCAAGUCGUCCCACGACUCGUCCCCAACUUCCGUUUACCGCAUCUCGCCCGGCCCGGCCCCAUCCGACAGCGUGCCGAGCCCCCCGCUGUCCCGCUCAGGCUCGUUUGGGAUCGACUCGCUCGUCUUCGACGACUUCCCCGACGCCAAGCCCGAGCCCAAGUCGUGGUUCCCCUCCGCGGCCGAGCACACCGCCAAGCUGCGCAAGGACUUGCCGCCGCCGCCACCGCCAGCUCCUCCAUCGCCGCCCAUGUUCCGCCGGCCCGGGACCGCCGACGCCGCGACUCCCCUCCACCCCCACCACAACCAGCGGCGGGCGGCCAACGGGCUGCCGCCUAUCGACACGCGCUUCCUGGAGCCCCCGCGGCCGUUUGAGUACUUUGGCAUCCCGCCCCCGAAGCCGGGCGGCGCCGGCCCGCCCAUGUACAGGGGGCCCGGAGGGCCGCGAGCAGGGCGACCGAUGCCGCGGCCCUUGAUCAACCCGAUGGGGUCGGGGGAGAUGGGGCCGGGCGGCGCGAGGGCAAGGAGCCGAUCGAAUGCGGCCAACAGCGGGCGGGUGCCGGGCGGGCGGCCGAUGGUACCGCCGGUGCCCUCGGUCGCGAACCGGUCCAUGGCGAGGGAUGCCCCGUCGCAGGCGCCGUCGGUGCCGCUGCCGGUCCACCCGCCGUACCAGCCGCAGCGCGGGAUGCCAGCCGCGCAACCCGUCUCUCAGCGCUAA